AUGGUCUUCGCCUGGAAAGCCGCCGGUCUCACCUACAACCGCUACCUCGCCGUCGCUUCCCGCGUCGUGCGCCGCAGCCUGAAGGAGGACAAGAGAAUCGUCGCUGAGCGCCGCGGCGAGAUGGACUUGCGUUUCGCCAAGUGGGAGAACGGCAAGCAGGGCGACGUCAAGCCCCUGGCCCAGGCCACCCGCACCGCCUCCUCGUAA